UAUCAACAAUCAACACUCAGUUUGCUUGGAUACGAGAUACGAAAUAUGGCGUCCAUGGAUGCAAAUUCUAAAGUAAAUACCGACGAUAUAACGAAAGAUUUACCAAGCUUGCAGUUUGAGAACGGUCUUUCGGAAAUAGAAAAAGAUUAUCUGUGUUUACGGUCUAGGACUCAUGCAUUGACAGUUUCUGUGUGUGCACAGGCGACGUAUUUUGUAGCCAUUCUUAAUGAAGCCAGAAAACGUAUACUGGAGGCAAAGACCCCUUAUGUAUCAAAGACAUCUAAGUUUCUUCAGGAAGCUACUCCAAGGGACCCCACUAGGGUUGGAAUUCUUGGGUGUGGUCGCCUAGGACUUCAUCUAGCCAACUGUCUUUUUACAUAUGCUGAUGUUAGUAAUGAGGAUAUGAAAGUGUCAACUCGAAGACCAGAAACCCUUGCUUCGCUUAAAGAAAGGGGCAUCUGUUGCUUCAAUGAUAACCAGCUUCUAGCAUCAUCUGUGGAUGUGUUAUUCCUAUGUGUUCUGCCAUCUCAACUCCCAACGGUGGCCAAAGAUGUUAUCGGCCACCUGAAGGAACAUACCAUUAUCUACAGUUUUCUGAGCUCAGUUCCUAUCCAACGUCUUCGCCAACUCAUCCAGUUUUCCAACAUUAUCCAACCCGAGAUAACCUGGCAGAUGAAGAAUUCUGGUGCACCAUGGAAUAGGACAUUGGAUGUGAAUACAUCCUUAGAGAACCCUGAACAGGUUGAGGUCACAUGUCCUCUCGCAAGCACCAAACAUGAUGCUGUUGUUGAAACCAAUGAAAAGUGGGUGGAAAUGAUUUUGUAUGCAUUUGUGAACACGUGCAACUAUUUAGACAUAAAACGAGAAAAAGCUGUUGAUCUUUUAAACAUUGUUGUUCUGGGUCAGUCACCUGCCCGCCAAUAUCCUACAAAAUUUAAAGCAGAUGAUUUUACCAAAAGGGAAGAUAUUUGGCCUGUGUUCAACUUGGGUGCUGUUGCUGCCAAUCCAACGCCUGUUACCAGAACAAUAACAACCAACAAUGAUCUUCGACAAAUGUUUAUCAAGAAAUACAAGAGUACUUUCGAUAAAUUCUACUACUGGAAAGGAAUUAAGCAAUUAAAAGUCAAAGAUGGAGAAGAGAAAGUAUGAUAUUCAAAAUCUGUAGCGAAUUUGUGAUAUUUAUUUACAACCGCAUCAUAAUGUUUGUAUACCUCAUUGAUUACAAUACAUCGUCGUCAUACAGCUGCGUUUCUGCUUUACAACUGGUAAACAUCGAUAAUUCACAAUAUGUUCACAUUUAGGACUGAAACUAUAAGGUUAACUGUUACAGUAAGUAGUGAGGUUAACGAUUAGAAGGUGUAACGGAUUGCUUCUCUAAUAAUUGUGACAAUUCGUUUUUUCUGUAAAACCAUUGUAUGACAUUGAUAUGAAAUAAUUCUCCAUACCUAAUUGAUUUUGUCUAAUGUAAAUUCACUUCUGGGUGAGACGAUUUUUCGUGGCAGUUCAACUUUUAGUUUUGUCAUGGUUAUGCAUUUAUGUUACUGUGGUAGGCCUAUUUAUUUAUAAAAGAAAUUGUUACAAACACCACAAACAUUUCUGAUGGUGGCCGUUUAUAAUUAUUUUUUAAUCGUUAACCUGAUAGACUACCGCCAUUGAAGUUUUAUAUUGCAAAUUGUAGUUAUAAACAUUGUAAAUAUAUGUACAUACGAAAUAAAGUUUACCUUUAUACACAA